GAGAGAGAGAGAGAGAGAGAGAGAGAGAGUGAGUCGUUGAAUAAGUGAGCGGCGCGCCGCUGUGCUACGUGCACGAGUGUCGCGUGUGCGUCACGGCGUAGCGGUGUCUCUUGCCUUGUCAGUACGGAAUCAACAAGUGGUGUAGCGUCGUCGUCGUCAUCGUCGUGGUCGUCGUAGCGUCGUAGCGAGCGGCUGAUUCUAACCUCGCGGCGGUGAUUCGUACACGCGCUCGUGCUGCGUUCGCGCGUGUUGCGCGCGUGUGCGCGUGCUCGCUCGCUAGCCGACGCAGCGCGCAUCUCCGGUGAUUGGUGUGAUCUCGUUUCGUUCCCCGCUGCAUAACGCGUGCCCUUGGAUAUUACAUCGACGAUCCCCGGUGGCUGUGUUCGAAUAUCUCAAGAUGGAAGUCGUCUACAUAGAUGAGCGCGAGGAUGUGCAGAAGAAGACGUUUGCCAAAUGGAUAAAUUCGCAAUUGCUCAAGAAUCAUCAUGAUCCGAUCACCGAUCUGUUCGUCGACCUACGAGAUGGCAAUCGCCUGCUGUCCCUCUUGGAAGUACUUACUUCGAAGACUUACAAAAGGGAGCGUGGUCGGAUGCGAGUGCAUCAUCUUAAUAAUGUUAACAAGGCAUUGCAGAUCCUUGAGCAAAAUAACGUGAAACUUGUCAAUAUUAGUAGCAACGAUAUUGUCGACGGUAACCCGAAAUUGACACUCGGUCUGGUGUGGAGUAUUAUUCUACAUUGGCAAGUGCAUUAUCAUCUAAAAGACUUGAUGACAGAAUUACAACAAACCAAUCUAGAAAAAACGCUUCUUGCUUGGUGCCGUCAAAAUUCGCAGAAUUAUCCUGGUGUAGAUAUUAAAAAUUUUACAACGUCUUGGUCGGAUGGAUUAGCAUUUAAUGCGAUUUUACAUAAGUGGAAACCUCAUCUGUUUGACUUUAAUAAUAUCGCGCGUAAACAUCCAAAUGCCAGAUUGGACCAUGCUUUUCGGCUCGCGCAGGAACAUCUCAAUAUCGAACGCCUGUUGGAUCCCGAAGACGUCAAUACUUCUGUACCAGAUAAAAAAUCUAUCAUGAUGUAUGUUACGUGUCUCUUCCAAUCGUUACCGCAUUCCGGAGAUGAUAUUGGUGAAUUAGAUCUUUCAAUUGCAAGUGACAGUACCAGCCCAGUUACAACACCAGGGACAGAACCUACUUUGUCCUUCGGUAAUUUUGGAAUGCCAGCCUCCCGUCCAAUGAGCUUAGCUACAAAUGUUUCCGUCGAACUCGGUGGUUAUCAAGUCGCCCUCGAGGAUGUCCUAACGUGGCUUUUGGAGGCGGAAGACAAAUUGAAUCAUGCCAUUGAGCCAGGCUCAACUCUAGACAUAUUGAAACAACAAUUCCACGAGCAUGAAACCUUCUUGAUGGAGCUAUCUGGUCACCAGGACGGGGUAGGGACUGUUCUAGAGGAAGGUGCAAGAUUGUUAGCUGAAGGCGGAUUGCAUAAAGAUGAGGAGCAUGAAGUUCGCGUGCAAAUGUCGUUAUUGAAUUCUCGAUGGGAAGGAUUACGAAUGCGCGCCAUGGAGAGACAAAGCAGUAUUCACGAGGUCUUGAUGCAAAUGCAACAGGCUCAGUUAGAUGCGCUGCGACAAUGGUUGACAAAAACGGAAGAUCGGAUUUCUCUGAUGGCAGCAACCGAAUUAAACCCGUCUGCUCUCGACGAACAGAUGAAACAUUUAAACGAAUUAGAACAAGAUAUUCAGGCGCAGCAGGACGUUGUUAAUGGCAUGAGAAAUAUGAUAGUGGUAGUAGACGAAGAAAAUUCCGAGGCAGUGUAUGCUCAAAUGGAAGAUCAAUUAUCCGCCCUCGGCGAACGCUGGAGUCACAUUUGUCAAUGGAAAGAGGAACGGCGCCAGCGGUUGGAGUCUGUUUCGACGCUUUGGCACAGUGUCACCGACGACUACAAGAAGUUGGUAGCGUGGUUGAACGAAACGGAAAUUACAUUAAAGCAAAUGGAAGCUAAUCCGGCAUCCGAAAUUGGUGAGGUGUUAGACCGAAUAAAAAGACUGCAAGUUCUGAAGGCGGAAAUGGAUUUCAAUGAGAAGAAAUUAACGUCUCUGCAAGAAUCAAUUCAAGAUUUGGAUGGCCAUGGUUCGUCUCCGGAGUGUAUGAAUAUUUUAGAGAAGAUUGAAAACUUGCAGGAUCGAUGGGAAGCUGUAGGACAAAUUAUGGAAGUUCAAACUCAAAGGAUAACAAAUUCCGGAUUUGAAUUUGACUUAAUGUCCGAAGAUAGCACAACAACUGUUAAGGGAAAUGAAUGGAUGUCUGAGACGGUAACGAGUAUAGCAUAUAAAGAAGAGAUUGCUGCAACAUCAACACCACAUAGUGAUUCAAAAAAAAGGCGAGUUGAUAGUACCAUUAAACAUGAAUUUGAAUCGGCUUUACUUCAUCUGUAUAAAUGGCUAGAUUACGUCGACUUAGAAAUUGGUCGUUCAGAAGGGGUAUUCGAUGAGUUAAGCGUGGAAGAGAAGAAAGUAGUUUAUGAGGAUACUCUCAUAGACAUGGAAUCGCACAAGAAUGAGUACGAUAAAGUUCUUGAAAUCGGUCAGCAACUUAUCGAAGAGUUAAGAAAUGCAAAUGAAUCCACUGAAGAAGAAGAAUCCAAGAUUAAAAACAUACAAAAUUGUUGGAUGGCGACGAAUACUCGUUUGCAGGAUAUAAAAAGGCGUAUCGAUUACUUGGAAGAAGUGAAGAAAUUCCGCACUGAAUUGGCUAGUUUAAAUUUGAUGUUGGAAAGUUACACCAAAUGGUUCGAUAUGAAUAAAGGAAACAAUCAGAUAGAACCGUUUAGAGUUAAAAUGAAAUCAAUGAAGUCCCACGACGAGCGUAUUAAAAGAAUGCUUGAAAAAGCUAGUGAAUUGUCACUGAGCCAGGUUUCAACUGCAGAAAGCAGUAAUAUUGAUGCAGAUAUAAAAAUGUUUUCCAUUAAUUGGAAUAAAUUGUAUACGACGUUAUCGGAGCGAUUAACCGAAGUAAAUAACGCCAUCGAUCGAACACCACCUAAGAAGUAUACCGAGGCAGUUUCUAAUCUAACAUUGUUUAUUAAUAAUGUGGAAGGUGUCUUAUUGUCACAGCAUAUAAUUAUGUCUGACGAGAAAGCUAUGGAAGAGCAAAUGAAUAAAUUCAGAGAUAUACAAAGCUCAUUAAAACAACAGGAGGAAAUUUUUAAAUACAUUAAUUCCACUGGACAAGAUCUGAUAGCGAAAAUUGAUAAUGAUAUUUCGGCACAACGGUUUAAAGAUGAAUUGCAGGACCUCAAUACCAAAUGGAGUGAUAUACCUAUUAUUUUGGAAGAGAAACAACAAAGUCUUAUAAAAAAUAUUACAACUGUACAAGCUUUCAAUAAUGAACUUUCGGCAUUAGAAUCUUGGUUGAAAAAAUCGUCAUUAUUCCUAGAGGAUUUAUCUAAAGACAACGUCACAGAUAAUGUUGAGAGAACGGAACAUAAAUUAGAGCAAAUACGCUCUUUUUCGCAAGAGAUGGAUAAAACAAAGCCGCAAAUGGAAGUAUUUCGAACAUCGACAAAUAGAAUACUUGAGAAAUCUGAAGCUAAUUUUGCAAGUUUGUUAAGCAGUAAAUUGGAAGACGUAACAUAUAAAUGGGCCGCUGUCGUUAACGAGGCUAAAGAUCUAAGCGACAAAUAUGAGAGUGCUUUAAAGAAGAAUGAUGAUAUUAUUAAUGGUAUAGAAGAUUUCACAAAAUGGCUGUCAAGCCUGGAAAAAGAUAUACCAGUAGAAUCACGAAUAACGUCUUCAGUCGAGCUUUUCCAAGUUCGGGGUCGAUACCAAGCACUGAAAGACAAAGUUGACAAACGAGUGGAAGAAUUUCGAAAUCUCAACGAAAUGGGAAAUGAUAAAUUAUUAAGUUCGGAGGGAUCGUCUGUGCAAGAGCUCGGUAGACGGUUCACCUACUUGAAUGCGCGAUGGACUGACGUUACAGAUCGUAUAUACGAGCGCUACAGACAUUUACAAAAUGCUAGUCAUGAGUAUGGAGAAUUCCGGGCUUUGGUUGCACAGGAAAGCGACUGGUUAGACAAGUUAGAUAAAAGAUUGAAGAAAUCACCCAAAGCUGCUGCGGAUGCAGAAGAAAUCUCAGAAGAACUCGACGAUUUAGAAAAUUAUAUACGAAAUCAUUCGGAAUCCAGACUCGAGAAGAUUCAAGAAAUUGGCAAACAACUUAUCGACAGCAAUAUCAUGACUCAUUCCAUUGAAACGGACGUGGAGGGAUUAACGAAUCGAUGGGAAAACUUAAACAAACAGGCAGGGCAACGGGCCAAGCUGUUGGAAGGAUCAGUGAAACAAGCCCAGCAAUCGGAAGGGCGUAUCCUUUCUCUUCAGCAUUCUUUAACACAAAUAGAUACUGUACUAACAGCACGUCUUGAUUGCGACCUUACUGCUGAUGACUUGCCUCACGAUUAUCAGAAAUUGAUGGAAGAAAUGGAACAGCAACGUGCUACACUUGAGGAAAUAGCGUCGCAAAUUAAGUCGUAUAAAGCCUCCGGUAAACAAGAAGCGGCGCUUCGACUACAGGAACAAAUGUCCCUUAUUGAGCAGAAGUAUGCCAAAGUGCAAAGGAAAUUUCAACGUUUCCGAUGUCCAACCAAUAUAGAACCUAGAUUAUCAAGAGCUUUGCGAGAACUCAGGGGAAUAGAAGAAGCGACUUGUUUGCUAGAACUCUCAUCGGAAGAUCCCGAAGCCAUCGAGGGUCAAUUAAAACAUUGCUUGCGUUUUUAUCAGACUUUGAGUGAAAUUAAGAAUGAGAUUGAAUGUAUAAUUGUGACUGGGAGGAAAUUAGUCGAAGACAAAAACGUUUCUGAACCUGAUAAAUUUUCAAAGCGAAUCGACAUGUUAAAGGAGUUAUAUAAUAAACUUGGUUUUCAUAUAACGGAAUCGAAAUCCAUAUUAGAAUCGGCGCUAGAGCUAUCGCGUGACAUGCACAAAAAUAUGACAUAUAUUAAUAUGUCGGUCGAAAGUAUAAAUAAGGAAUUAGACACGCAAAAGAGUAUGCCUGAUUUACCAGUAAAUGCGAUAUAUGUGCGAGAAACUUUGACCGAAGUAAUCCCGCGAUUAAAUGUUAUAAGAGAUAAAUUACUUAGAUCGCAAGAUGAAUUUUCGAAGUUUUGCGAUCCUAUGUACCUUGAACAACUUAAGGAAAAAAUGUCGGACGUAAUUGCAAGAUUAGCAAAUACAGAGAAAAGAUUGCGACUUUGUAAAGGUUCAGAGGAUGAGCCCAAUGUUGAUGAAAUAAACGCCUGGCUUCUACAAGUUGAAGAGAAGUUAAAUAAAUUAGACGCGGUUCCGAUAGAUCAACUUACAGAGCAUCACUUCGAACAAUGCAAAGCUGUGCAAAGUGAAAUGAUUGAAGCAAAACCCAAAGUCAACCAACUUCAACGUUACGCAUAUUAUCCUAAAGUAGCUGAGAUAUGUGAAAAAUGGGAGGAUAUUUCGAAUAGAAUACAGGAAUGGAUCCACAAAAUCACAGACAAUUUAUUAGUAAAAACUAAAGCGGGAGAGACUAAGGGGAGAGACAAUUACGGACGCAACAAAUUGCCUAAACAGCUGGAACAAACUUCCGCGCAUCUUGUCAAAAAAGAAAAGAAAUUGAUAGACGAGAAUGAAGCGAUUUAUGGCAUAGGAUAUCUUAAUCCCGCGUUUGACGAUAAUCAAUGUUCCAUCAUUAGCACACCCGAGAGUUCGCCAAUUGACAUACCCCACCGAAGCAGAAAGUCUUCGGCCAAGUCGGAAAAAGUCAAAGCUAGAAUCGUAGACGUCAGUAGAACCGUCCGGCGCAAGCUAGACAUGAGCUCUGUGCCCGAUGUUGUUCAGACCUCUCAACCGCAGGUCGUCCAGAUCGACGACGACUUGCCGUCACCAAGCUCCGAUAAUAUGUCAGAUGUUCAUGUGACCGAUGACGAGGAAUUCUUUCUAUCCAAGAAUAGUAAAUUAUUUUCUCAAGUGUCGAGUAAUACUCUGACAGCAACGGAGGCCGAGACGUUUAACGCGGCUUGCGUUCAGCAGAAUCCAUUGCGCGUCGUAGAGGUGAAGGAAAUGGAAAUUGUAAAAUCGAUAGCUUCUCCCGAGGAUCAUGUGAUUUUGCCGAGUGCUAAUGUCAGUGUCGGAUUAGUGCCGCAAGUAGUCGAAAGGGUGGAAAUCGUGGAAGACACCGAGACAGAACCCGAGUCCAUAGACACAGACACGGAGGAUAAGGAAGGUAGAGGAAAAAUGUCCGCUACCGUUUCCGGUCUCGCAGAACAGCUUGUCAGUAAGAAGAAGGAACUCGUGCCGAUUUUAAAGAAGAAGACCGCGGCGGAACCAAUUCCCGCGAGAAAUAUCAAAAGACUCAUUCUGAAAUUAGAUUUGGACGCGGAUCACGCCGAUGUUAUUGAUUCGAAUAAAAGUACGACAUUUCCUAGCGGCGCGUCAUUGAAAAAGACCGAGGCUAGCACCGCCGUAGAUCAACAAACAGACGUUAAGUCAAAUAAGACCCCGAGAACUACAACUUCUACAUGGAAAGAUACAGAGAGUGUUGCGGAGUAUCUCAUAUUAGACGAUAACGAAGAAGUGGAGAAAUCCGACGCAAACGUUCAAGCAAGUUGUGCCGAAACGUAUGACUCAACGACGAAACCGAAAGACAAAGACACUCAGAAAGAGGUCGCAUCUCAGAGAAGUAUCGAAUAUUCCAAGAGACACGAUAACGCUGGCAACACGAGUCGAAGCGAGGACGAGAAACUUUGCAAGAGAACACCGUUAGCGAAACGUAUGAGGAGUCUGUCGAAAGACGAUACUUUAGAAGACUGCGAGAGCUUUUACGGCAGUGAUAAGGAAACGGACGAUGUUCUGAUAUUUUCGGAUGAUACAGAGAUUGAUGUUGGUAGUUCCAGUUCGGACGGAGAAGACACUAAUUUAGGAGAGCAUGUUGAACACCUCUUGGACAAGAUUAAAGUCGAGAAGACUCAGCCGUUCGCGCAGCACCGGGUGGAGGCAAAAGGACUGUUCAAAAGUCCAGUGAGUACAUCUCGAACAGCAUUGGAGAAAAGUGUUUUUGAAUUUGAACAGGCGGCGCAAAUGAUGCUGUGCAGAAUGGACGUUAUGUUGAUGAGUAUCAGUGGCAUUUGUAAUGAAAAAGAUCCUACCAAGCGCCGUGAGAUACUCAAAAGUGAAGUCAGUAUUCUUGCACCAGACGCGGCGGCUUUGAUCAGUAAAGGCGACGGUUUAGUUAUGACGAUACACAUGACUGAUCCUGCGCGAGCUGAAAAAAUCAAGAACGAGCAUCAAGACAAGCUAAGAAGCAAGUGGCACCAAGUCAUGACUGAAAUCGAGAUGCGCAGGAAACAGGCGCAGAAGGCUGAAGAAAUUUUGCGGCAGUACAAUAAUAUUGUUGCAGAAUUUGAAGAUUGGUUCAGGGAUGUGCCGUUGAAACUUGAACAAGCUAAUAAUUACGAAGGGCAAUUGGAGUCGUUUACUGAGGAAUUUGAUAUGAAACAAGUGCAAAUACACAAACUAAAUGAGCUGGCUGUCGAGUUGAAGAAAUUAAACGUUGGCUACUCGGAAUCUGUACGCUACAACAUCAACAGCAAUUGGCAGAAAGUUAGUUCGCAGUUCAAGAGAUUCAGCGGAAGCAAAGACAAGGACAAACAUGUGACAGACAAGAAAGUGGAAUUGGAUGUCGGCGGCGUUAAUCCGCAGGAGUUUAUAGCGCGGAUCAGCAAAUUAAGAGAAGCAACGUCGACUGUGUCGCGGUCCUUGAAUUCCUUGCCGUUGAGCGGCAAAGACUACGAGUUAUUCACGAAUCAAGAGGAAUGCUUGAAGAAAAUUAGUAAUGCCUUAAAUAUAUUGAAGCCGAGCGUUGAUGAAGUAAAUUACGUCUGUGAAAGUGUUAUGCGGCAAGCGAAACGAGAGCAAGCCGACCAAAUAAAUUACUUGAGCGAGAAAUUGCAAGAUGAAUGGACGAGCGUUAAUCAAAGCUACAUGGAGAGGCACAAUCGUUGGAUCAAAUGCUACGAGAAGUGGAGAGAACUCCAUAACACAUGCCGAACUUUUUCGGAGUGGUUAGACAAGAUGGAAGACGCUCUCAAGAAAUGCAAUGUCUUUAGCCAUUCUAAGGCGAGCAAAACGAAGACUUUUGAGUUGGAACAAGAAGUUUCUCGAAUGCAGAGAACGUUGAAUAAUAUGAACGCAGCGAGUGCGGAUAUAUCUAGCCGUGCCUCCUCCGAAGACGUAAUGGAAUUACAAAGUAUGGUGGAAAACAUCAAACACCGCUGGCAGAAUUUGGUGGCCGAAGUGAGCGCGCGGAAGGAACGGAACUUCGCUAUGGAGAGAAAAGUGAACAACGACAGCCGCGUUUUCGAAACUGCGUACAAUAUCGUGGAGCAGGUGAAUACUCUGCUAGUGUCCGCGGCGAAUCCUUCGGACGAAACUUCCUUGUCGAUCAGGCUGUCGUUAAUUAAGGCGAGAGAAGAAGAACUUUUGUCACGGAAAAGGAACUUGCAAGUUUUGGUGAGUCAACAUAACGUUUCUAGAGAAGAAGACGAAAGCAACAAGCUUCUUUCAGAUAUGGACAAGGCCAAUGUAAAUCUUUCAAACCACCGCGAGUAUGUGGAAUGCAAGCUUGCGUCACUUAGAAAAUAUAUCUGCACCUUGGACGCCGUUAUGGCGUGGGUUAUGGAGACGCGAACACGACUGAGCAUUUCCCAAGAAUUGCCGCAGCAUGAACGUAACGAAAUGAUUAUGAACAUCAUGUCCAAAGUUGAAGAUCGCGAAAUGGAAGUGAAGGACGUGUUGGAAAAUUACACUAAUCUGGAGAAAGAGUGUGAAUCAGCGAAACAACCAGUUUCUAUCGAGCUUCAGGAGAAGCUGAAGAAACUGAGAGAGGACUGGCAGCUGGUGAAAUACUACGGCGAAAAUCAGGAAUUUCUACCCGCGUCGUCCGUCGGCUCUACAUCGUUUCUAAAAGAAGUGGAAAGGAGUGUAGGCGCAACACCGGGGGCGGCGGGUGCAGCUGCAGGGGGCUCUCGGGGGCUGUCACCCUCUCCAGCCCCCUCGUCACCGUCGACCCCCGUAGCGACUAGUCCCUCCGCUUCCGCCUCCUCGACUUCGUCUUCGCCUUCACCCUCUUCUUCUUCAGCUUCCGCCCUCGUCGCGGGACUCGAUAAAUCAGUGCUUCAGAUACGUGACUGGCUCACGGUCGAGGAAGAGAUGUUGCGACAACAAGCCGUGGUCGUCGGCGACAUCGACGAAAUCAUGCAUCUUCUUGACAAACAGAAGAACGUCCUGCGGGAGCUGGAGCAGAAGAAACCGCAGCUGGACGAGCUGGUUCACACGGCCGAAAACCUGCGCGCCGACACUAAUCGACAGCAGUUGCAUGGCAAAGUUACCAAGCUGAGGGAGCACUGGGACGAGACAAAUUCAAAGGUCAUGCAAAGGAAGACGCAACUGGACGCGAUGCUGGGGGACAGUCAGCGAUACGAGGCCAAGAGAAACGAGGUGGAGGUCUGGCUGGCACGAAUGGAAACUCGACUCGAGAGAAUGCGAGCUGUUGGACAUACCGCCGACGUACUCGAGGCGCAGCUCCGGGAACAAAAGUCGUUCCACGCCGAGCUGCACCAGUACAAGCACCACAUCGAACUUUUUAAUCAGCUCACUCAGAAGUUGAUAGCGGUUUAUCAGCAGGACGAUACUACACGCGUGAAGAAAAUGACAGAGACGAUCAACCAACGAUAUAACAAUUUGAACACGAGCAUCAUCAAUCGAGGGAAACUGCUGCACUCCGCGAUGAACUCGCUCCACAACUUCGAUCGGUCUCUGGACAAGUUCUUGGCCUGGCUGAGCGAAGCGGAGUCGUCGAUGGAGGGAUUGGAAGCGGAAGCCGAUCGACUGGGCGGACGACGGGAUCAAGGCGCGCUCAGGCGACCGCAACAUCAACUUAAGGAUCUCCAGUCGGAAAUCGAAACGCACCGAGACGUUUACGCAUCCUUAAACGGCACCGGACGCAAACUACUGAGCUCACUGGCGAGUCAAGAUGACGCUGUUAUGCUGCAACGCCGAUUGGAUGAAAUGAAUCAGAGAUGGCAUCAUUUGAAGGCGAAGAGCAUGGCAAUUCGGAAUCGCUUGGAGAGCAACACCGAGCACUGGAACGCUCUGCUGCUGUCGUUGCGUGAACUCAUCGAAUGGGUGAUUAGGAAGGACACAGAGCUCACCGGCCUGGGACCCGUGUGCGGCGAUGUGGCCGCCCUGCAAAAACAACAAGACGACCAUCGUGGCUUCAGGAGGCAGCUGGAGGACAAACGGCCGGUCGUGGAGAACAAUUUGCUGAGCGGCCGCCAGUACAUCGCCAAUGAGCCCCCGUUGUCGGACACCUCGGACUCCGAAGCAGGCAGAGAAUUGGACGGCGAUUCCAGGGGAUACAGGAGCGCCGAGGAGCAGGCGCGCGAAUUGACACGGAGCAUUCGCCGCGAAGUGAACAAACUUUCGGAGCAGUGGAACGCUUUAAUCGAACGCAGCGAUGCGUGGAAGCGGAAACUCGACGACACCGCUAACAAAAUAUGUGUCUUCCAAAAGUCCCUCGAGGAUCUCUCCUCGCGGAUGGCCGGCGCCGAGGCGAUUCAGAGCGGCUGGCAGAAUCCAAACGACGCCAACGAGGCGACGGAAUUGCUGGAGCAGUUGCAGAAAUUCGGCGAGCGACUGGUACCUAUCCAGAGAAACAUCGAGGACGCGAACGACCAGGCGAGCGUCUUCGCGUCGAGCAGCGUCAUCGUUUCUCACGCUUUACUGGCGAAACUCGAAGAUCUGAACACCAGGUGGAAGGUGCUGCAAGUCGCAGUUGACGAACGUUACAAGUUGCUAAGCGGAUUCGGGAAGGAUGGCAGCACUCCGGGUAGUCAGGCUUUCCUCGCGAGCAGCGUAGAACCACCAUGGGAGAGAGCCCUCACACCCGCCAAAGUGCCUUACUAUAUCAACCAUCAUUUGGAGACUACGCAUUGGGAUCAUCCGAAGAUGAUUGAGCUGAUGUCUUCUCUCGCGGACCUAAACGAGGUUCGCUUCUCCGCGUACCGAACCGCCAUGAAGCUGCGCACCGUACAAAAGCGACUGUGCCUGGACAUGCUGAGCCUCGCCACCGCGUUGGCACAGUUUGAUUCACACGGGCUUCGGGCACAGAAUGACAAAUUGAUCGACAUCCCCGACAUGGUAACAGUACUGACAUCGCUGUACGAAGGAAUCGCAGUGGACAACCCGGCACAGAUGUCUGUGCCGCUUUGCAUUGACCUGGCCAUCAAUUGGCUCCUCAAUGUAUACGACAGCCAACGAACCGGCCAGAUUCGAGUUCUUUCGUUCAAGGUCGGGUUAGUCUUGCUGUGCAAAGGGCAUUUGGAGGAAAAGUAUAGAUAUCUGUUCCGUCUGAUCGCGGACCCCAACAGGUUGGUGGACCAGCGCAAGCUGGGACUGCUGCUGCACGACUGCAUACAAGUACCGAGACAACUGGGCGAAGUCGCGGCAUUCGGAGGAUCGAACAUCGAGCCCAGCGUGCGCAGCUGCUUCGAGAAAGCAGGCAAAGAUAAGAACGAAAUAGAGGCGGUGCACUUUUUGAGCUGGCUGCAGCAAGAGCCACAGAGCAUGGUGUGGCUGCCCGUGCUGCACAGACUGUCUGCGGCAGAGACCGCGAAACAUCAAGCCAAAUGCAACAUAUGCAAGGAAUAUCCCAUCAUUGGGUUCAGGUACCGCUGCUUGAAAUGCUUCAACUUCGACAUGUGUCAGAAUUGUUUCUUCUCGGGACGCAAGGCGAAGAAUCAUAAGCUGACUCAUCCCAUGCAAGAGUACUGUACGGCGACUACAUCUGGUGAGGACGUGCGCGACUUCACGCGAGCAUUGCGUAAUAAAUUCAAGUCCAAACGAUACUUCAAGAAACACCCUCGAGUUGGCUAUUUGCCCGUGCAAACUGUCCUGGAAGGAGAUGCGCUAGAGAGCCCGGCGCCUUCUCCCCAACACAGCUCGCUCAGCCAGGAUAUGCAUUCCCGUCUGGAGAUGUACGCCUCUCGACUCGCCGAAGUCGAGUUGUCACGCACGAGAAGCAACUCCACCCCGGAUAGUGACGACGAGCACCAGCUAAUAGCGCACUACUGUCAGAGUUUGAACGGCGGCGACAACGUUAAUAUGCCGAGAAGUCCAGUCCAAGUUAUGGCUGCGAUCGAUGCCGAGCAAAGAGAAGAGCUCGAGGCGAUGAUACGAGAACUCGAAGAAGAGAAUGCGACGCUGCAGGCGGAAUACGAGAGAUUGCGCUCCAAGCAGACACCGGGAUCGACACCGGAGGACGGUCACAGCACUAGACAGCCUGACUGUGAUAUGAUCGCGGAAGCCAAGCUGCUGAGGCAGCAUAAGGGAAGAUUAGAAGCGCGUAUGCAAUUACUCGAGGACCAUAAUCGCCAAUUGGAGGCGCAGCUGCAGAGACUCAGACAACUUUUAGACGAGCCAAACGCGUCUUCACCAUCGAAGACCGGAACUUUGCAAACUCGAAGUGUGACAGCAUCACAAUUGGCAACCGAUUCUCCGGCGAAGAUGAACGGCCAUUAUCAUGAUUCUCCAGGUGGUGGAGGCUCAAACGAGGGCAGAGUGAGCAGUUUAGAGAGACCACCACCGCCGCCGCAUUCUCACAGUGUCGCCCACAAUGUGGGCAAUCUCUUGCACAUGGCAGGCGACUUAGGAAAAGCUGUGGGCGAAUUGGUGACAGUCAUGACUGAGGACACAUCGAAGACGAAUGGACAACGAGCACCACCACCUGCUUUCAAAUAACGAUCGCAAUGACGACGUUUGUAAUAAUCAACGUCAUUCAUUGAUGAGCGACGUUGAUGCUAGACGACACUAGCAAGUCGACUAGCGAAUCCAACGGCGCUACCCUCGAUAUUCGAUACACGUUGUGGAGAACAUUAAUCGUAAUCAUCGACCAAUAACAAGUCUGGCUCUAACGCAUAUCAGAGACAAGAGUACAUGGUAUAUCUGCCGCGCAAAUGCAGGGUCAGGGGACCCGUCCCAAUGGUGGUUUUGGGUAUUUUAUAAGUUUUGAUAUAUGUCGUUGUAUAGCUGAAUUAUAUCGAAUAAGACGAUUAUGGUUUGGCUUACGGCGGUCCCCUGAGAGUAACUUUACUACAUAUUGACACGUCAUAUCAUGAAACUAAUCGUAAUGAGAAAAUCAAUUGUUAUGCUUGCUAGCUAAACUACAAACAGAUUUAAAAGAAAAAAGAAAAAAAAGAUAUAAUGAAUAUAAAGGAUAUACGGAAGGAAAAAAAUAUCAUUAACAAUGCAUGCAAAAGCAAUGUAUCAAAUCACAUAAUCUAUAUAGGUCGUAGCUUGUAUUUACAUACCCAUUCUGUUCACUGCCACGGGCUCUUCCUCGACGUAACUUACACAAUGUACAUGUUUGCGACUCUAGACGACAUAUAACGGGAAAUAGACAGAAAUAUAUCCAUACUUGACCCUUUUCUGGUACCCGGCGCUCUUGGAAUUUAGUGAUCAAUGAACACGGAACCUUUUAUAAUCGAUGAUAAAGCAGAAUGACGCGCAUUACAAUUUUCAAGUUUAUUUUUUACCCAGUUACGUGAUUUUUCAUAUUUUCUAAAUGAAUUUAAAAACGGCAAUGUCUAUUAUUUAAGCCUGCCGAAUGUUACUAUAUCUAAGAGUAUAUGGAUAAGUACUUAACUAACAAACUUGUAGGCUGUAUUCUGAUAUGUAAUAAAGUUGUCUAGAAAAUA